AUGCAACAUUCUGAUGGCUCCAGGACGCUCGUCCUACACGAUGGCCAGCCACGAGAAGAGGAACUUGAACACGAGUCGCCAGAAGAUAUACUUGCAAACGAGGGUGUACUACACCUACGUGGAAGCAGGAGAACUCAUCCACAUGUGAGAUGGGAUGACGAUGUCAUUGAUAAUGAAGGAAUGGGUAAAAAGAAAACGAAGAUUUGCUGCAUAUUCCGCAAGGAUAAACCCUUUGGCGAGUCCUCGUCGUCCGAUUCUAAUUCGAGCGAUUCGGAUGCAGAUUCGGACUCGGAUUCUGAUUCAGGACGUGCUCAGCCUGGUGGGAGGAUGGGUCAGCGUCGGAAUUUCUUACAUCGAUCGCAUCCGCAUCCUCAUGAUCAUGACCACGAUAGCGAGUGUAACGGGGAUGGAGAUGGCCUGGCGAUGCAGGAUACUGAUGAGAGUACGGUCGUGCAACAGCUUUCGGAUGAUGAAUAUGAACCAAACGCAUAUGAGCGACCACCUGGCUGGAAGAGGGGGAAAGGGAAGAGAGUUGAUAAAGACAACGCAGUGUUCAACCCUGGAGAUUAG